GAUUCUUCCACUUCUGCUCCACUCCUCAUAAGUGGCAAUUUAGCCUCCAUUUGGUUUUAUGGGUCUGUGCCCAUUGUGUGUACUUUGCGGUAUUCGAGAGGCUUUGAGUGUUUACAGGGUGCUCGCUGGCGGAGGAGGAGCUUUCAACUUGUGCACAGCUUGGUUGACCUUCGAAGGUGAGGUGAGGGUGGGAUUCAGCCGGCAAGAUGCAGAUAUUUGUGAAGACUUUGACGGGAAAGACCAUCACUCUUGAGGUUGAGAGCAGCGAUUCCAUCCAAAAUGUCAAGACCAAAAUUCAGGAUAAGGAAGGCAUUCCACCUGAUCAGCAGCGCUUAAUCUUCGCCGGUAAGCAGUUAGAGGAUGAGCGUACAUUGGCCGAUUACAACAUCCAGAAGGAAUCAACUCUGCAUCUGGUGCUUCGGUUACGGGGCGGUACUAUGAUCAAAGUGAAGACCCUCACUGGCAAGGAAAUUGAAAUUGACAUUGAGCCUUAUGACACCAUCGAGCGCAUCAAGGAGCGUGUGGAGGAAAAGGAGGGCAUUCCUCCCGUACAACAAAGGCUUAUAUUUGCGGGAAAGCAGAUGAACGAUGACAAAACAGCCAAAGACUACAACAUUGAGGGAGGAUCUGUGCUUCACUUGGUGCUUGCUCUGCGCGGGGGAUGCUGACCACGAUACGCCCGUGGAGGAUGUUUUUGGAACAUUCCAUUGACAUAGUGUAGCUCUCAAAGAGUAUCGUUCUUCCCAGUGUUCACCAGAGAAGUGCUAUAUGUUUCGUUCUAUUUCAGUCUGGAGCAGUUUAUAUCUCAUUUACUUUUGUGUAAACCUGCUUCCUGCAUGCACUAUGAUGCUGGUGGUCUUUGACUGUACUUUUGGGUUUUAACUUUGUAAUCCCCCUUUGAGGAAAUUAUGCGUAAAUCUCAGACUACGUUCGUGUAGUCAAAGUAUUGAACCUCUGGUUUUAGUUCUAA